CAUUAUUGGAAUCAAAUUCAGAUAAAGAAAAAGACAUAUGGCAGGCUGUAGAAAUAGAGUUAAACAAGAUAAAUGUGAAGAAAUUAGGAUAUGACUAUCUAUUAUGUUCAGGAAUUUUAGACAAUAGUUUGGAACCAUUUACUACUAUAUCGAAGGAUUUUUUAAAAACCUUUAAAAAGCUAUAUAAAAAAUUCAAAUUGCCAGAGAGUAUUAAAUUGAAAAAUAUUUGCGUGAAGUUUGUUCAAAAAGAAAAUAAAAAGUAUCUCAACCUUUCUCAAAACUUCAGUAAUGCAGUAUUUGGUGAAUUUUUAGAUAAGCCUGAGAAAUUGCAAGAAUUAACAAAUCAAAUGUUAAGACGAAAAAAGGCUAGUUCAGCAAGUGCAGUGAGAAAGAGAUUUUGGCAACAAGCAAGACACUCUGAUUAUAUGGUUAUUACUAAAGUAAAUGGCAAGAAAGUUGAAAUUGGAUACCUUGAAACAGGAUAUCUAAAGUCUUCUUCUAAUAAACAAAUACAAGACUACAAAAAGCUAAACAGGUUUGGUAAGGAUUCCAUUGAUACAAUUAAAUCACAGAGAAACAAAAGAGUAUAUGGAGAUUUAGAGUUGGAUUAUCUAUCAAUAUUUACAAUUAAUAUCACUGGUAAUGUGGUAGAAUUCCACUCUAUGUAUAAAGAAUUUGGUCUAUAUAGAGUCUGGUUGCUCAACAAAGUAAAAAUCUCCUUAAACAUCCUAUCAGCAAAACCAGAAGAUGUUUAUUAUCUUAUCCAUAACCUACUUGCUUUUAGAACAGCAAUUGCAUAUACUAUAUCUAAAAUGCUGUAUGGCCCUGAUGAUACUAUGGAGGUAAUAUCGACUAUUUCAAUAUCAUUGGCUAUGUUAGUUAAUUCAUCAAUAAGUACUGUUGGAUUACUAUCACAUUACUCAUCUUCACAGAAAAACACGAAAAAAAGAAGGACUAAAAAAAAUAAGAAUCAAUAUAUUUUUGUUGCAGGUGAAACUUUUAAAUAA